AUGACUGUCACAGCCAAAAAGCCAAACUUCUUGGUUAUUGUAGCAGACGACUUGGGAUUCACCGAUCUCAGUGCCUUUGGUGGAGAGAUCCAUACUCCCAACUUGCAGAAAUUAGCAGACAGAGGAGUCAGGUUAACUGAUUUCCACACUGCUUCAGCAUGUUCACCCACCAGGUCCAUGUUGUUUUCUGGUACCGACAAUCACAUUGCCGGUUUGGGUCAAAUGGCCGAAUUCGCAUCCAGACACCCCGAGAAGUUUGCUGGAAAGAAAGGGUAUGAAGGCUACUUGAACGAUAGAGUAGUAGCUUUGCCUGAGAUAUUGAAGGAGUAUGGUGACUACUUUACCUUUAUUUCUGGGAAGUGGCAUUUAGGUUUAUUGCCAGAAUAUUGGCCAAGUAAGAGAGGGUUUGAAAAGUCAUUCACAUUGUUGCCAGGGGCCGGAAACCAUUACAAAUAUAUCACCAAGGACGAAAACGGCGAAUUCGUAAAGUUCUUGCCUCCUUUGUUUGCUGAAGAUGAUAGAAGUGUUGAUGCUGAGAAGGAGCUACCAGAAGAUUUCUACUCGACUGAUUAUUUCACAGAUAAGGGAAUAGAGUUUAUUACAUCUGAAUCCAGAAAUGGAAGACCCUUUUUCGGCUGCUUGACUUACACUGCUCCCCAUUGGCCAUACCAGGCUCCUCAAUCUAGAAUCGAUAAGUACAAGGGUGUUUACGACGGUGGCCCGGAAGAGUUGCGUAGAAGACGUUUGGCCAGUGCCGCUAAGAUAGGAAUCAUUCCUGAAGGUGUAGUUCCCCAUCCUAUAAAGACAAUUCGUAAGAGAUGGUCAGAAUUAACGGAAAAUGAAAGAAAGAUCGAAGCCAGAAUUAUGGAAACUUAUGCUGCUAUGGUUGAAAUCUUAGAUGAGAAUAUUGGGAGAGUAGUUGACCACUUAGAAAAGACAGGAGAGUUGGAUAAUACUUUCAUACUCUUCAUGUCUGAUAAUGGUGCUGAAGGGAUGUUGAUGGAAGCAUUACCAUUGACUGCUUUGAGAAUCAACACAUUCAUUGAAAAGUACUAUAACAAUGCUCUUGACAACAUUGGUAAGAAGGACUCGUUUGUUUUCUACGGAGAUCAGUGGGCUCAGGCAGCUACUUCUCCUCAUUCCAUGUACAAGAUGUGGUCAACUGAAGGAGCAAUCGUUUGUCCACUUAUUAUUCAUUACCCUCCAUUAUUAAAAUCAAAACAAAGCAAGAUCUUGGACGCUUUUACUACGGUGAUGGAUAUAUUGCCAACAGUGUUGGAGUUGGCCGAUGUUAAACACCCAGGAAAUUUCUACAAGGGAAGAGAAGUUGCUGUACCAAGAGGAUCAUCAUGGGUAAGCUACUUAGCCGACAACAGCGACAGGGUACACCAAGAAGACACUGUCACUGGUUGGGAAUUAUUUGGACAGCAGGCUAUCAGAAAGGGUUCCUACAAGGCUCUCUAUAUCCCAGCUCCAUUUGGACCUGAAAAGUGGCAGUUGUUCAAUAUUAAAGAGGAUCCAGGUGAAACCAAGGAUCUUGCGGAAACUGAAACUAGAGUCCUUUCCGAGUUGAUAAAUCUCUGGGCUGUUUAUGCUGCUGAAACUGGAUUAAUCGAGUUGGGAAGCGACCUCUUCGAAAAGGAAAGAAUCGAAGGAGAAGAGAAUGAAGUGAUUUACAGAACGAUCUUAGAUAGUUAG